UGAUCCAUCGCCUACGUCUUCCCGUCUGCUGUUAACUUUCCCCAAAUAACAGAACAUGGCGGAUUUUGAGGAGCGGCAGAACCUAAUGGGAGAGGAGAAUGAUGACUCGUUCACCGGCCGGCGGGCAGCCAAAGAUGCCGGUCAGAACACCGGGAAACCGAUGCCCGCCAUAUGCGACCCCAGCCACCUUCUGCAUCGGGUGGUCGUCCUGACUUUCAUGUGCUUUUUGGGAUUUGGGAGCUAUUUCUGUUAUGACAAUCCAGCUGCUCUUCAGACUCAAGUCAUCCAGGAUCUGAACCUGAACACAGCAAAGUUCAUGCAGCUGUAUGCCUGGUACUCAUGGCCCAAUGUGUUUCUCUGCUUCUUUGGAGGAUUUCUGCUUGACAGAGUCUUUGGUAUCAGGCUGGGAACCAUCAUCUUUUCCCUCUUUGUCUGUGUUGGACAGGUCAUAUUUGCUACUGGAGCUUUGCUGAAUCGCUUCUGGCUGAUGGAAGUUGGACGCUUUGUAUUUGGUAUUGGAGGGGAGUCCUUGGCUGUGGCCCAGAACACGUAUGCAGUCAACUGGUUCAAAGGAAAGGAGCUCAAUCUGGUGUUUGGCCUUCAGCUGAGCAUGGCACGACUGGGCAGCACAGUGAACAUGAACAUCAUGGGCUGGGUGUAUAGCAAAAUGGCACUCAUUGUUGGCUCCACUGGAUACACAGCACUGGGAGCAUCACUCAUGUUAGCUGCUGUAACCUGCCUAUUUUCACUACUUUGUGCGCUGGUGUUGGGAUUCCUUGAUAAGAGGGCAGAGAAGAUCCUCCAGAAGGAACAAGGGAAGACUGGUGAAGUGAUCAAGCUGACAGAUGUGAAAGAUUUCCCCUUCACCCUGUGGCUCAUCUUUAUCAUUUGUGUGGGUUACUAUGUCGCCAUUUUCCCCUUUAUUGGACUCGGGCAGGUCUUCUUCAUUGAAAAAUUCAACUUCUCUCCACCUGAAGCCAGAGCUGUCAACAGUAUAGUGUACAUCAUCUCAGCACCUGCAUCUCCAAUCCUGGGCUUUGUGGUUGAUAAGACGGGGAGGAAUGUGAUUUGGGUAAUAAUUGCUGUGGUUGCAACACUCACCGCUCACAUGAUGCUGGCCUUCACCUUCUGGAACCCAUGGAUCGCCAUGUCCCUCCUUGGUGUGUCAUACUCCUUACUGGCCUGUGCUCUGUGGCCCAUGGUGGCGUUUGUGGUACCUGAGCAUCAACUAGGAACAGCUUAUGGCUUCAUGCAGUCAAUCCAGAACCUGGGACUUGCUCUCAUUGCUAUUGCAGCAGGGUCCAUCCUAGACUCCAAAGGAUACCUGGUUUUGGAAGUGUUCUUCUGUGCCUGCAUUUGCAUUGCACUGAUGGCGGUGGUGAUGCUGUACUUUGUGGAUUAUCUCAAAGGUGGAGAUUUGAAUCGGUCAGCUGCAGCCAGAGCCAAACUCCAAAAAGAAGGCACUUCAGAUGCAGAAUGAUGAUGGCGAUGAGCGAACACACAUGGUCCUGGGCUUCAGAGCCAGCAGGCUGCACUGUCCACCCCAGAGCUUUGAGUCUGCUACCAUGGGGCGGGACUGCGGUUCUGACUCCGCCCAGUGAUGUCAUCUGUGGUUCUUCGCACGAGAACUGACUGUCUGGGAAUGGCUGUUGCGUAACCCUGUGUAGUUAUCCAAUACCAUCCUUACCAGGACACUGACAAAUAACAAAACCCAGUUUGGACUCUACAGUUUUCUCUCCGACUGUAAUUUUUUCUACCUGUACUCACUCAUCGUUCACUCCUGAUGCGACAACCUGCAGCAGGAAGUUUCUUCAGUUACAGAAGGAAGUUGAGACGCUUUUAAACGUCUUUUAAGACAUUUUCGUUUCCAGUGGGAUGGAACCUGUACUUCAUUAUACCGUGAUGAUAUAGGACUACAAUGUCAAUUAAGUUGUUAAAUAUUAGGGUGACUUUGUGGACUAUUUUUUUAGCAGAACUUUUGCUACUUGGCCUUCUUGCGGACCAUACAUCAGCUUUUUUUUUUAUAUACAUCUGACAUGUCAGCACUUACAAUAACUACUAACCAAAAUCUUUUAACAGUCGACUCUCCCCAGGCAAACUUCAUAUUCACUUUUAAUCAUAUGCACCAUUGACUCUUUUUUAAUGCUGGCUGAUUUAAAAAAAGAGCAAAGCUCUUUAUUGUUUAAUCUUUAUUACUCAAUUGUUUUAUUUCUUAAUUUCUUUAUCUGUUCUUCGCUGAGCUGUGAGCUUCAUAAAAAUUUAUUUUCUGUCACAUCAUCAAAUGGCACAUUACUGUAACGAUAUAAAAAAAUAGGCAGGCCCACUUUUGGAUACAUCAUCAUAUUCUUCUUAAACUUUUUUUUAUAAACUUUUUUAAUUAAUGUGACCUUUUUCAAGAAUUGCACUUAAAUUAUGUUUAGUAGAUUUGCUAGUUUUUUUUUUUAUUAUGAAGCUCAGGUGAUUAACUUGUAAUAAGCUCUUCUUCAUAUCAUAACUUGCUUUAUUUGAAGAGUGCAACAAAUCCUCCACGAUUAACUCAACAUUCCAGUUAAUGUAGCUGGAGAUUUGUUUCCCUGUGCUGAUAUCAGGGUUGCAGACUGUGGAUGAUUGACAUUCACUACCUCAGUUUGGCAAAUAAGUCCCAGAUUGUAAACAUAGCAUUCAGCACAUGUAAGAAGAUGGUCUGUAGCUUAAAGUCAGAAUGCUGUGAUUGCACAUUAAAAUGAAGACUGUGUUAAUAAGUAAGAAAUGCACUUCUUUUAUCACCUUUCACUCAUUUACACUAUGGUGUUGUGGUAGUGGUGCAUAUAUUGUGUAACUGACAUUUGUGGUUAAGUACACAGUAGUAGCAGACAUUGAUCUGUGUGUGAAGAAAUAUUAGAAGCGACAAUCUGCUGUUCAGUUAUUAAAGGAAGAUUUUAGGAAAAGUCAUGUUACAUGAAUUCUUUCUGCAGAAGAAAAUCAGUUUUGAUACCAAGACCUAUGAAAUUCAAUUAAACAUGGAUUAUUUUUAA